AUGGACCACUGCAACCUCUGCCUGUCUCAGGUGACCGACGCCGUUGCGUGUCCCGAGGCGCACGUCUUCUGCCGGGAAUGCUGCUACGCAGACCUGCUCGCGCAGAAGGCUGGCAUCGAGCGGCAGAAGGCGGAACUCGACGCGUGGGAGAGGGAAGACGAGCGCAAGCGUUUCGAGGCUCGGGAGAAGGCGCGGGAACGUGUGCGAGCAAACUUUGAGCGGGGGAUGGGACUCGGUGGACGGGUGAGGAUCGGCGCGCCCAAGUCUGACGGAGCGAAUGGGGCGGAGAAGGACGGCGAGAAGGAUCUCGAGGCCGAGGUCGAGCGGUUGGCGCGGGAAGCGGAGGAUGCCGCACUGGCGGCGAUCGAGGCAGAGGAGAGCGACGGGCGCAAAGCCAAGAUCGCCGCCUUCUGGCUUCCCGACAACACACCCGAGGCGCCCCUCGGCCCUUUGAAGGCCGUCAAGCUGCAGACGCUCUGUCACGUCGGACAAGCGCACCCGAUAAGCCGCAAGUCGCUCCUCCCGGUCGUUUUCUCCUACCCGUCUUCCAAGGCGCCGUCAUCAUCUUCCGGUUCGAGCUCCGAGUCGAAACCCGGCUGCCCAUCCUGCCUCCGAGAGGUCAACAACGCGACAGGCGCCAUGCUCCUGACAUCGAGCAAGGUCGAGAAGGCUGAGGAGAAAGCCGACGGCGAAGAGCCAAAGAAGAAGAAGAAGAAAAAGGACGCCAAGGAGAAGCGCGAGGCCAUCUGCGGCCAUGUCAUCUGCAAUGCGUGCUGCGAGAGGGCGCAGAAGGGCGGUAACACGUGUCCCGUCUGCGAGGCUAGCAUCGAGAGGGCGAUCCCGCUGGGCAAGGAGGGAACUGGGUUCGCGGCCGCAGGACAUUCGACCGCCAAGCUCGACGUGGUUACGUUCCGUGUACAGGUCAAAGCUGGGACGCCCGGUGGGCUGGGGCAUAGACGCUGUUGGGCAACGCCGCCGCUCUCGCAAUGCGCAUCCUCAGCUGGCCCUCGUUCAGCAUCACAAGCUCAGUCUUGGGCAGAGCAUGGCGCCGGUGAGGCUUGGCGUGGCGGGAGGUGUGCGCUUCUCGAUGUUGAAGGCGAGUACGAUCCGGGGAAGACAGUCGCCAAAGGUGGUUGGAGACAGGGGGGCAGCGCAGGUGGGAGGGACGACUCACUUUCCGCACAGCGAGGCGAGGCGGCGAAACGUGAACGAGGGGCAGGGAGUGAUCAUGCUCUAGCACAGGCGGCAGACAAGCAACAGAUGAAGUUACAUCUACGGAUGGCAUGCUUAAAGCUCAGCGGACGCAUGCAUGCUCGGCGUACCGGCGUCGGCUUCGGAAUAGCCGAAACGACGGUCGUGCUAAGGAAGGUGUCACAUUUAGCACAGACUUCUCUCCUUCGGAACGCGAAGGUGAGACUGACAGGCACGCCGCUGGCCGCUGAAGGUUCGGCGCUUCGGCUGAAGGAACGCCCCGCACUGAUGGGAGGUCUUAAUCCACCUGCCAGUCUUGGCAAGUGGUAUCAAGCUCAAUCGCAUCAGCCGUAG